AUCUGCAGCUCUGUAGCUCGGAUUCAUAUCAGGAGUCGCUGUGCGCCACGGAUGGAUUUUUUUUAACCGGUUCAUUCUCCUUAUAUCCACGUGCAACCCGGUGAGCGUCCCGUCCAUGUUGGAGUAAGCGAGGAUUAAUUUGACAGCCACAUCCCCGGUGGUGACGGUUACGCACAGACCGGCAGCCACCUCCGUGCGCACGGAGGAGAACCGGCCAUGAUGUUCUUCCCCUCGGAGACCUCCUGCAACAUCACGGGCAGAAACUGUACGGAGGGAUUCAACUUAACGCAGCAGCCGGAGACCGGCACCGCUACGGCUGUUGGGAACGCCAGCGGGGAGAGAAACGACAGCGACCCGUUCGGACGGAACGAGGAGGUGGCCAAGAUCGAAAUCACCGUCCUGAGCCUCGCGUUCCUCGCGGCCGUGGUGGGAAACGUGAGCGUGCUGCUGGCCAUGUACAAAACCCGGCGGAAACCGUCGCGCAUGCACCUGUUCAUGAAGCACCUGAGCCUGGCGGACCUGGUGGUGGCCUUCUUCCAGGUGCUGCCGCAGCUCUGCUGGGAGAUCACCUUCCGCUUCUACGGGCCAGACUUUCUGUGCCGCAUCGUGAAGCACCUGCAGGUGUUGGGCAUGUUCGCCUCCACCUACAUGAUGGUGAUGAUGACCCUAGACCGAUACAUCGCCAUCUGUCACCCGCUGCAGACGCUCCAGCAGCCCACGCAGCGCGCGUACAUGAUGAUCGGCUCCACCUGGGCGUGCAGCCUGGUCCUCAGCAUCCCGCAGUACUUCAUCUUCUCCCUGAGCGAGGUGCGCCCCGGCUCGGCCGUCUACGACUGCUGGGGACACUUCAUGGAGCCGUGGGGACUGCGCGCGUACAUCACCUGGAUCACCGCCGGGAUCUUCGUCGUGCCAGUGGCCGUGCUCGUGUUCUGCUAUGGUUUCAUCUGCCGCACAAUCUGGAUGAACCUCAAAUAUAAGACGCGGAGGAAGAGCGUCGGCGCAGUGGCGGAGGCCACCAAGAGCGGGAUCCUGGGCAGGAGCUCGGUCAGCAGCGUGAGCACCAUCUCCCGUGCCAAAUUACGCACGGUGAAGAUGACUUUCGUGAUCGUGUUGGCGUACGUGGUGUGCUGGGCGCCUUUCUUCACCGUGCAGAUGUGGUCAGUGUGGGACAAGACCUUCUCCUGGGACGACUCCGAGAACGCCGCCGUGACGCUCUCCGCCCUGCUGGCCAGCCUCAACAGCUGCUGCAACCCCUGGAUCUACAUGAUCUUCAGCGGCCACUUGCUCUCGGACUUUGCCGGCAGCCUGCCGUGUUGCAGCAGGCUGAGGAACAAGUUCAGCCACCAGGAUUCGGACAGCAGCAUCCGCCGGACCACGCUGCUGUCUCGCCUCCAGGGUCCACGCCUUUCGGAGCCGUUUAGAGACUUCAACCCCACCUCCAAAAACUGUCUGCCGGUCCCAUCUGCAUCCUGACCACCAGAUACACUAUCUGUGUUUGUGUCUGUUUAGCUAAAACCAUAUAGCAAACAUGGAUUGGUCUUAAUCUGCUGGUUUGUAGCAGUGAAGGAAAGCAUGAUCUCAUCUGAGGGUGCGGUCACACCUACUGUUUGUUUUCUUUGGUCCGAACCAGAGUGGAAAAGUUUACUCUAUGGCAGUUUUCGGUGUUGGUUUGUUUGGGUUCACAUGGCUGUUAGAAAAAGCGUAUUAAUAACUCCUUUUAGCCCGGCAGGUUGGAGAAUUCAGGGGGUUAGAUGGAGUCAAAACAGUCACUGAAACUUUAGCUGAUGUUCUUGUCUGCGCUCGUUGCUGUGAUUUAAAUUCUUUAGUGUCAAACAUGUGAAAUAAUGGCUGAAUAUGAGCAUUCAUCCACACUGAGAUUAAUUUUGUGAAGUAUGAGGACGCAUGUUAACAAAAUAUAUCUUUAUACUCAUAAACCCUCACAUUAAGGGGAUGUUUCCUGUAGAUUUUCAGAUUAUGGUCUAAGCUCUCCUGGAAGAGAAAACAGACGGACAGCUGUUCAAAUGGAAGUGGCUCUCCAAACCUGGACUACAGGAGUAAACAAACACUCUGCAGCGAGAAUGAACUCUUCCAUAUUUGGGUUGAAUGUACCACAUGUGAUGUUGAAUUUAAGCUAGGAGUACAGUGGGUAUGAAUGGUUGCUUUCACAGGACUAACUGUGGACAAACAUGGUUUACAUUUGAUGUAUAUUUGCUUGGAGAGCUGCUGUGAUUUUUUUUGAUGUUUGAGGCAAGUUUACAAGCUUGAUUUCCAAAAGAUUUAAAGGAUAAGACUGGUGUUUUUUCUAUAUCCUCUUAUUAAUCAACAAAUCCUGUGAAAUGAUCAAAACCAACAAUGUGUUUAUCUCAUCUCUUAAUACUUUCUGAUUUCCCAUUGAUUCCUCCAGAAGACAUUCAUCUUUAAAAACAAACAUAUGGUCUUUUUUUUUAAAAGAGGCUCAGUAAUUUCCUAAAA